AAAUCACAGUCGCCGUCAGUCUAUCAAGCAUUUGUGAAGGCAGACGCUCGUCUUCAGGAUCCUGAAGGGUGCAGCCGGGCCUUAUAAACAGCAAAGAAGGCUUUGGUGUAAACAAGUUGUCUCGUGGAGCAUCUCAGAAAACAGCUUCUCAGAGUUUAAGAUCAGGGCAAGAGGAACAGUCACAGGGGAUUGCCAUAGUCUGGCAUUUACUAAGCAACUUAAAGAAUGAUAUAAGGAGGAAACAUUUUCCUGAAGGGACACGAGCUUUGUCAAAGUGGAAGUCUUGCUGAGCUGGUUAACCAGCCAAGGUUUUACUGUAGUUUGUGAUGAAGGGAGGUCACGAUGAUGAUGAUGAUGUGUGGAACGCAUCAGCCGUCAUACUGGAUAUUGACUCAGGCUCUUGGGCAGACCGAUCGGCUCUACAUGAUGCUGCCAGCCAAGGACGUCUGCUGGCCCUCAAGACCCUCAUUGCUCAGGGCCACAGUGUGAAUGUGCUGACGAUAGACCACAUUAGCCCUCUUCAUGAGGCCUGCAUAGGGGGCCAUGUUGCCUGUGCCAGAGCCCUGAUAGAUGCCGGAGCCAACGUGAAUGUGACAGCUAUAGAUGGAGUGACUCCAUUGUUUCGUGCCUGUUCAGCUGGCAGUUUGGCAUGUCUAGAGCUGCUUUUGCAGAGCGAUGCCAGACCACAAGCCCUGGCCAUAUUCCAGCCUUCACCCAUCCAUGAGGCAGCCAGCAGGGGCCACAGCAAGUGUGUGGAGGUGCUGGUUUCAUGGGGUGUAGAUGUGGACUAUGAAAUCCCUCACAUGGGGACUCCUCUCUACACCGCCUGCCGAAGUAAAGAGUUCCUAUGUACCCGCAAGCUGCUUGAUGGAGGUGCAAAUGUGCAGAAAGGUUCAUAUAUGGAGACUCCUCUUCAUGCAGCAUCUCAGAAAGACUGUCUAAGCAUCGUGAAGCUCCUGCUGGAAUUUGGGGCAGAUGUAAACGCACGCAACUUGGAGUAUAAACGCCCCGUUGAGGUUGCUCCUCCAGGGAGCCUCACAGAGGGUUUCCUAUUGAUUUAUGAAGCGACACCCCGUUCUCUGAGUCAACUUUGCCGUCAGCAAAUCAGGGAGAGGUUGGGACGUUCCCGACUGCAUCUUCUACCUCAUUUGCCCCUCCCUAAAGCUAUGAAGAACUUUCUACAAUACAGAUAAUGUCAUUAUGUUGACAGUUGUAGCUUAAUAAUACUAAUAUAAGGUUAAAUGAGAAAAGCAGUUUUACCCAUGUAAUCACAAUGACCUUAUCUAUGUAGUCUGAUUUUAAAAGGGAAUGAGCCAAUAAAAUGUUUUUGGUAAUUAACAAUUAAAAAAUUCAAUAAACUUGACUGGAAACACA